CUGUGACGUUUCUUGGAUGAAAAAGGCCGAGAAAGCGGGAGAUUCAGGGUCAGAGCGGAGUAUAAAAGCCGAUGUCACGGGGUUGAUUAGCAGUGUCGCAAUUAACGCGAUAGACAAGAUAGUUAAGAAACGGAUCGGGCAGUCAUGAAGUGCUUGACCAUCCUCGUAGCGAUCGCGUCAGUUUGCUCAGCUGCUCCAAGCGGACUUCUCGCCCCAUGGGCUCUGACAGCAGCUAGUCACGCAGGAACGACGCUCCUCGCAGCACCUGCCGUUGGCCCAGCGCUCGUUGCUGGCCCAACAGCGCUUCUCGCAGGGCCCUCUGCUCUCCUUGCUGGACCCCUUGCCGCUCCAGCGCUCGUUGCUGGGCCGCAUGCUGGCGCGACGCUAGUUGCUGGGCCAGCUGCCGGGCCAACACUAGUUGCCGGUCCCUCCGCUGGACCGACAAUACUCAGAGGGGCAUCGGCUGGGCCCACUCUUCUCUCUGGACCUGCACCCGUUCUUGGACUUGCAUCUGUACUCGCUAAAGCUCAUUGACGAAUAAUAGAAUCAAUAGCUCCGUAACUUCUACCUCUCGUCUUUCCCACUCAAGACUAUACAAAGAGAGAUUAUUCUAUAUGGAAACAUAUUACGCUUGUAAAAGUGUAGAAAGGGAAAACUUAUUACUUUUAUUAAUUAUAUGAAAUAAAUAGUAUUAUAUCUGUAA